UUUUAUAAAUCGUGCUAGGAUAUUUAUUAUAUUUUAUAUCUACAAUGUUAUGAAACUUGAAGAAAAAAAAUUAUGGAUUCCUGUAGAGUUUGUAUGGAUAGAAAGACGAAUACAUUCGAUAUAUUUACUUCAGAUAUAGCUGAGAAAAUUUAUUUUUGCACUGGAGUACAGAUAAUAAAAGAAGAUUAUAUGCCAACUCAAAUAUGUGAUAUAUGUCAUAAUAAUUUAUCAAUAGCAUACAACUUUAAAACUCUAUGUUUACUCUCUGAAAAGAUAUUAAAAAAUAUAAAUAAAGAUACAAAAGAUAUAUUACAAGAAAAUAGUGAAAAUGGGGAUGAUUUGAAACAAGACUUUGAAGCAGGAGAUAAUGUUCAGAUUAAAUUAGAACCUGAUAUGAAUAGGAGUACAAGAAUCAAUAUAAAAUUAAAAUUGGGCUGUAUAGAAGAAAAUGAGGCAACAACGAAAGUGAGAAAGAAAAGAGGUCCAUAUAAAAAGACUGGUCAAACACGAUUAACAAAGUUUAAAUUUCGCAAACUAUUUUGUGAGCCAUGCGGAAUGAAAUUUUCAAGCAAAGAACAAUCUGAUAAACAUAAGAAAGAAACUCAUAAAGGAGAAAGUUUUAUUUGUGAGAUUUGCGGCAAAGUGUUCGUACAUCGCGCGUCUCAUUUCUCUCACGUGCGGUCGCAUCUGCCGCCGCAGUAUGCAUGCGACUCCUGUGAUUACCGCACCUGCCAUAAGCAUGAUCUCAUCAAACAUUUGCGCAUACAUACAGGUGUGAAACUAUACCAGUGUGAGCACUGCACCGCCUCCUACCAUACGUCGUCUAAUCUCAGCUGUCAUAUUCGCCGCUGUCACGCCCACGAGCGACGUCACGCAUGUCAUCUAUGUGACAGGACAUUCUAUGAUCGCACAAAACUCAAUCGCCAUAUAGAUACACAUAAUGAUAUAAAACGGUUUGAAUGCGACGUGUGUCACGCUUGCUUUACGCGGCGUUGCUACUGGAAGAAACAUUUGCAGCGCCAGCAUGGGGUCACCGUGCCCCCACAGCGCCCUGGCCGGCAGAAGACCAACAGACAGGUCGGAGAGUUACCCACUAGUGGGAUUGUGACGUAGGCGAUACAGGCUUUUUAAGAUGUUCUUGUGGUAUGGGCUUUGGGAUUUUACAUCUCAGAAAUGUGGUAAACAGUAGCAAUAAUGUUGUAUAUUAU